GAGGAACUUUUCAUGAUUUGGAAACACAAGGAGGAAGCCGUAAACAGAUAGAUUUGUAUUGUUCCUUCCUCCUUCAUGAGUCGUCUCCUAAACAUUUUACUUCCUUCUUCCACCGUAUCGUAGGAUAAGACCACUCCUAACACGUUAUUAUUACCUUUUAAUUCCUAUUUUCUUUCUAUUCUUCCACAUUUUCUUCUUUUCCGGGUGUUCCAAUUCCUAUUCUGAUCAAGGUUUCAAUCUCUCUUUAAAAUUUUGGUGGCAGACCCUGUGAGAAAUAUUAAAGACGGGCCACUUUCAAAAUCCACCAUGGAAUCCACUUUCAAAGAUGCUGUGUCCAAGUUUGGAGGAAGAAUUGAUUGGAAAUCUCGUCGAACCCAGAGUCUGGUGGAGGAGAGAAACAAGCUUGCAGAAGACUUUAGAAAGGAAGAAAUUGCUGAGGAAUUGGAAAACACUAAGAAGCUGAUAGAAGAACUCAAAAAUAGCUUAGAAAAGGUAGAAAAAGAUGAGCUUGAGGCAAAAAAAGAGGUUGAACAUGUGAUUCUCAAAAUUGAAGAGAUGGAGCAAGACAUUGCUAGUGAAGCCAGUAUUGAAGCCAAGGCAAAACUUGAGGCUAAAAAAUCCAUGCUUACUGAAGCGCUUUUGGAGUUUGAAUUCGUUGAAAGAGAACUGGACUCAGUGCGUAAGGAGUAUGCUUCUAUGGCGAGUGGAAGGGAUAUAGCAAUCAACAAUGCAGAAGAGACUAUUGCAACAUCCAAGCAGAUUGAAAAGGCAGUUGAAGACUUGACUACUGAGUUGAUUGCAACAAAAGAGGAGUUGAACUCCACGCGAACCGCGCAUUUGGAAGCAGAAGAACAAAGAUUAGGAGUUGUUGAUCAAGAUUCUCACAAUUUAAAGUUGGAACUUGAAGGAGUAGAAAAGGAGCUCCAAAGAGUAAAUGAGCAAGUUUUGUCAGCCAGGGUUCUAAAAUCUAAAUUGGAAUCAGCUUCCUCCUUACUGCAUGAUUUAAAAGCUGAAUUAGCAGCAUAUAUGGAAUCAAAAGUAAAUGAGGAAUGCUAUAAAGAACAAAAAGAGAAACUUAAGGAACUAAAGCUAAACAUAGAGAAAACAACUUCUGAUGUUAACAGCUUGAGGGCGGCUUCUGUGUCGCUAAAAUCGAAACUAGAAAAAGAGAAGUCGAUUCUCACUUCCCUUAAGAAAAAUGAGGAAAAGGCUUUGGCCGUGGUUGCGAAUCUCCAAGAUGAACUAGAGAAGUCUAGGUUAGCCACAACUUUCAUUCAGAUGAAAGAGAAUGAAGCAAGAAAGAUGAUGACUGAGUUGCCAAAGAAAGUUCAGAAAGCAGCACAAGAGGCUGAUGAGGCCAAAUCACUUGCUAAGGCAGCUCAGGAAGAGAUGAUUGAAGCCCAAGAAGAGCUUGAACAAGCCAAAGCCCAAUCAAGCACAUUGGAAAGUAGUUUAUUGGCAAAACAUAAGGAGAUAGAAGCAGCCAAGGUUGUUGAGAUGUUGGCCAGAGAUGCAAUCAUAACAUUGGAGAAGAGUAAAUCAGCUGAAGGCAACAAAAAUGACAAGGACUCUUCCUCAAUGGUGACACUCACACUAGAAGAAUAUCAUGAGCUUAGCAGGAGAGCCUAUAAGGCAGAGGAGCAAGCGAACAUGAGGAUCGAAGCUGCUAAUUCUCAGAUUCAGAUAGCAAGGGAGUCUGAACUAAGAAGCUUGGAGAAGUUAAAAGAACUGAAUGAGGAGUUGUCUGUAAGAAGAGAAUCUCUCAGCAUUGCAACCGAGAAUUUCAAAAAGGCCAAUGAAGGAAAGUUAGCUGUAGAACAUGAAUUAAGAACUUGGAGGGCUGAACAAGAGAAACAAAAGAAGCCUGGUGAAUUGAAUGAUGAACAAACUUCUACUCCAACUAAGCCUGCACAUGAUUCAUCAAGCCCUAAGGGAAAAGUUCCUUCAAAUAACAUUGAAGUUGGAUCAGCCUCAGAUAAGAACAAAAAGAAGAAGAAGAAGAAGUCAUUAUUUCCUUCCAAAGUUGUAAUGUUCUUUGCCAAGAAAAAAACGCAUCCAACCAAGUGAAUGUAAUCCUUCAACAGAAGGUAGUACACUAAGUAACAAAUCUAAUUUCUGAACAACUUGUGUAUUGGUUGCCAAUUGUGAUAAUUUGUAUUAAGUUCUUUGGUUGCAAGGAGAAAAUAAGAUCAUUUAAUGUAUA